AUGUUGAGGGUGACAGGUGUGUACAAUUGUGAGGUUGCUUCUCCAUCAGUACCUAAUCUGACGACUGAGAUAGAAAAUGGGAAUGGAAAGUUUCGACAUGUAAAAGACAAAGAAGGUAAUAGCAACUCCUCAGUGCCAGCUGCUGGUGCUGGGAGUACUAGGAGGAGAACCAGGUCUUUGCAGCGAGAGGACAAUCUUAGUUUGUUGGAUCUUUAUGACGGUUUUGACGAACUCGUUGAAGGCGGCGUGGCGACAGCAGAAGAAAGUUACGUCAAAAAAGGCGGCCCUGAGCAAUUGGCGGCUAAUAAGGCUCCAGUUGAGCGAGAAGUUACUGCUCAUAUAUCAGCUGUUAAUGGAAAGACUACUGAAGUGAAAGUUUUGAACGGAAAUUCUGAUGGCCGACUUGCCGUAAGGGGCCGAGGCUACACAGUAAGUGAAUUACAAAGAGUAGGCAAUUCUAACGAGCUACAAGAGGCAGAUGGAUCAUCAAGACAGAAAGCACCUCUCAAAAACGAAUCCAGGCAGCUUUUUAUGAGUAGUGCUAUGACGGUUGGGUCCAUUAAUACUGUCCCCAUUAGCAUAGCUUCUGCUGCUUCUACUGCGACAUCAGUCCCAAUGAGCUCUCAGUCUGCAAGGAAUGUAGCCCACCAAAGCUAUGACUCUCAUUACGACAGAUAUGGCUUCAAAAAGCAAUCGCCGUAUAUUGCGGAGGGAGAGUAUAACACGUGGUGGGAACAGUAUUCCAAAUAUUGUGUACGAAGGAAGCAUAAAUGGAAGGCCCUUCUUGCAAAGUCGGGUCUAGCGGUUGUGAACGAUAACCCGGACCGCUUCCCCUCAAGGUCUGAAAAGUUGAAGAGGUAUGUGAGGAAAGGUAUACCUGCAGAAUGGAGGGGCAAUGCGUGGUGGUAUUUUGCUCGCGGCCAAGAGAAGUUGAACAAAAACAAAGGUGUUUAUGAUAAACUAUUGGCGAGAAUGGAGGAACCCAAUGAUCAUCCAUCUUUGAAGGACCUAGAUGUGAUAGAGCGUGACUUAAAUAGGACUUUUCCUGAUAAUAUUCAUUUCCAAAGGCCCCCAGAUUCUGAAGAAGAAGCACCGAUGAUCAAGUCCUUGAGAAGAGUUCUUGUUGCUUUUUCAAUUUAUAAUCCUAGAAUUGGCUAUUGUCAAUCAAUGAACUUUUUGGCAGGGCUGUUGUUGCUCUUUAUGGACGAGGAAAGAGCGUUCUGGAUGUUAGUGACUAUUACAUCCAGAUAUCUACCUGGUGUUCACAAUGUGAACUUAGAAGGUGUCAAUGUUGAUCAAGGCGUUUUGCUGCUCUGUAUUAAGGAAUACUUGCCCGAAUUCUGGAACAGAAUAUAUCCAGCAUCAUACCCUAAAAAAGCAACUAACAGUAACGAUUUCUUAUACAGAUUACCGCCUAUGACAUUAUGUACCGCUAGUUGGUUCAUGAGCUGCUUUGUUGGCACGGUACCGAUAGAAACUACGUUGAGAAUUUGGGAUUGCCUCUUCUACGAAGAGUCCCAUAUUCUCUUCAAGAUUUCGCUAUCUAUUAUAAAAUUGAGCGAACCUGAGUUUCCUCAACGCCAAAGGCGUACCAAAAAUAAAGAUGACGAAGACAUGGAGAUUUUCCAGAUUAUUCAGACGUUCCCCAAAAGUCUAAUAGACCCCAACGAGAUCUUUGAUAAGGUUAUUUUCAAGAAAAGACUGAGAUUCAACAGUUUGAACCAAGAAGAGAUCGACCGUUGUCGCAAGUAUGUGAUUUCUCAGAGGCAAAAACUGAAGAAUUUCACUGAAGUUGUAGGCAACUGUGUUCAGGACAACGGCAGGGACCUUAGAAUUCACCAUGAUAUAGUUACAGAAGCCUUAUCUUCUGAAGAAUACGGUUUCAGAAGGAGUCUAACCGGCAUCCAUUGGAAUAACAGUAUUAAAGAAAGGGUCAGGCAACUUAGUAAAAGAAGGUAA